CGUUAGGUACCAGCUUCCUGUAGUCAACACAAACUUUCGGGUUUGUCAAUUCACUAUUUUUCGACCGAUUUAUUCAUAUAUCUAAUGGAUAAAGAUUCGGAAAUUGAUUUUCACAAGCUAGAAAGGGAGUUCCAGUCGGCGGUAGAGGCAGAUGCUAAGUAUCAGCGAGAAAACGCGGCGAAAUUCCGCGCAGUAGAGCAACGUGUGGGGAGCUAUGAGGAGUUCAAAGACAUAGUUGCCGCGUCUCAUUUGAAGCCACUGGAAAAACACGAUCGAAUCGCUCAAGAGAAAAUCAAGCAGCAUUGGAACGCAUUAUCAUGCCAAAAAUCCCCCUCUCAAAACACAGAGAUGGCAACCACUCCUCUGGGGAAAACUAAUUCCAAUGUCCCACAUUCCCAACAUGAAUUCAACAAAGUAUGGACAAGGCAAUUAAAGACAAAGGAACAGAAGAACAACUAUCUUUUACAAAUAGGUGGUGUACACUUAGGAAAGAUAUUCAAGACUGAUAUAUGUGUGGGACUUCUUGGAGAAUUCAUUACUGUUUUAUAUGAUCACUUGGAAGUAGCUCAUACAGACGAGGUUUCUUCCAUUCUUUGGAAUUUGUCCCUGUCCAAUCGGUUUAGUCUGUCUUUGGAAUUUCUGAGUAAGCAGGAGAAGACUUGUUUAGACGAGCUGUUUAUACAGCUAAAUACACAACUGGAGGGAAGGAAAAACAAGAUGUUUCAUGAGCUGGCAAAAGUAUAUAAAGUUGAUAUAGAUAAAAAAGCAUAAAACCAAAAGUUUGUAUUUCACAAGUUGUUAAAAUUUUAAGUAUGUGUGUGUUAAACAUUUUUUAUUUGAAAGGUGAAAAGAGAUCAUAAAUAAAGGUAUUUCCCUCUA